CUUGUUAUCAUAAAUUGGCAUAUACAUAUAUAGUGAACUGUGGAAAGGUGCGAAAGGUGAGAGGGGUAAACAUAAUUCGAGCAGACCGACUACCUUUUGUACGGGUCAGUUGCUAUGUACACGUUUUGCUGUGUGAGUUUGCUCUGUUCGUGUCAUUGAAUUUGAUGUGAAAGGAAUUAGAACCUCUCGAUACUACAGAUCACACACGCUUCUGUUACGGCAUAAGCGGCACAGCGUAAUCAUAGCCAUGGCGAUUGCUUCGUCGCGAGUAGACGAACUUGUACAAACUGUUACCCUUCAUAAUCCUCGAAAAUUGCUAUUUACGGGCUACGUUCUGCCCUCUGUGAUAUUACACGCUGUGUGGAUUUAUAGUUGGAUUUUUGUCUAUGGAAUUGACGAGUAUUAUGAUGCGGGUUUAGUGGGUAUCGCAGCUAUCGGUGUAUUACAAAUUUUCAUAUGUUUGUGUUGCCAGUGGUCAGUGCAUAUACAUACUUUCCUUAAUUGUAGCUCGGAAAAAGAUCCGUAUAAAGCGAAAAUAGCAAAAGUAGUGCCUACUCCCAACAAUGGAAGUUCAGAGCUUGUUAAACUACAUCAUUCUGAACAACAUGAACCGUGGUUCAUAUUUCAAAAAACCAAAUACUAUUGGAAUUCUCAUGAAAAAAGUUUCGAAGGCCUUCAUUUUCCAAUUAAUCACUCUAUCAAACAUUAUUGCGAAUGGAGAGGAUACUUGGAUGAGAAAGAUGUUGCAGCAGCAGAAGAAAAAUAUGGGAAGAAUAAGCUGGAUAUGGUGGUACCAGAAUUUAGAGAAUUAUUUAAAGAAAGAGCAAUUGCUCCAUUCUUUGUUUUUCAAUUAUUUUGUGUAGCAUUAUGGUGUUUCGAUAAAUAUUGGUAUUAUAGUAUCUUUACAUUAGUUAUGCUUAUUAUGUUUGAGUGCACACUUGUGCAACAACAACUUCGAAAUGUGGCUGAAAUUAGGAAAAUGGGAAACAAGCCAUAUACUAUAAUGGUCUACAGGAACAGACGGUGGCAUUCCAUGUUUACUGACCAACUAGUUCCUGGUGAUAUUGUAUCCAUAACAAGAUCUCAAAAUGAUAAUCUAGUGCCAUGUGAUAUGUUACUUUUAAGAGGACCUUGUGUUGUUGAUGAGAGUAUGUUAACAGGGGAAUCAGUUCCUCAAAUGAAAGAGCCCAUAGAAGAAAUUGAUGGAAAUAGACAGCUGGAUAUAGAAACUGAUAAGCUUCACAUACUUUUUGGGGGCACGAAAGUUGUACAACAUACUCCACCAAGUAAAAGUGUAUCUGGCCUUAAAGCUACUGAUAAUGGCUGUGUGGCCUAUGUUUUACGUACUGGUUUUUCAACGUCGCAAGGAAAACUUUUGAGGACAAUAUUAUUUGGAGUCAAAUGCGUUACUGCUAACAACUUGGAAACGUUUGGUUUUAUCCUAUUUUUGCUAGUUUUUGCGAUUGCUGCAGCAUCAUAUGUCUGGAUUAAAGGGAGUGAAGAUCCUACAAGAAAUAGAUACAAAUUGUUCUUGGAAUGUACAUUAAUUCUCACAUCAGUUGUUCCUCCAGAAUUGCCUAUUGAGUUAUCAUUAGCCGUUAAUACUUCAUUAUUGGCCUUAUCAAAGCUAGGUGUAUUUUGUACUGAACCUUUUAGAAUUCCAUUUGCUGGAAAAGUUGAAAUAUGUUGCUUUGAUAAAACUGGUACUUUAACCAGUGAUAAUUUAGUCGUCGAAGGUAUAGCGGGGAUUGAAGGGAAACCAGAUGUUAUGCAACUUUCUGAUGCACCUAUAGAGAGUAUUCAAGUACUCGCAACGUGCCAUUCUCUUGUACAAUUAGACGACGGAAUUGUUGGAGAUCCCCUUGAGAAAGCUACGUUGAAAGCUAUUAAAUGGAAUCUUACAAAAACUGAUUCUAUGAUACCAAGAAAAGGACAAUCGCCUGUCUUAAAAAUCGUACAAAGACAUCACUUUUCUUCCGCGUUAAAGCGAAUGUCAGUCGUAGCAGGAUACACGAUGCCAGGAUCAUCAGAAAUCAAUUACAUGACAACUGUGAAAGGUGCUCCUGAAAUUAUUAAAGACAUGUUGUUAUCUAUACCAGAUAAUUAUGAAUCAACGUAUUUGUCACUUUCGCGUCGCGGAGCAAGAGUAUUAGCUUUAGGAUAUCGAAAACUUCCUGGACCUCUAUCUUCGCAAGAUUUAAGGGAAUUAACUCGAGAAAACUUGGAAAAGAAUCUCAUUUUUGCUGGAUUUGUAAUCAUAAGUUGUCCACUUAAACCUGAUUCUAAAGCUGUUAUUAAGGAAAUCGUGAAUGCUUCACAUUCGGUUGUUAUGAUUACUGGUGAUAAUCCUUUAACAGCAUGUCAUGUUAGUCGCGAAUUACAUUUUACAAAGAAACCAAUUACGCUUAUAUUAACUGCAGCUGAUGGAAAGUGGAUAUGGGAAAGUGUGGAUAGAAAAAUAAACUUACCUUUGGAAAUGAAAAAUGUUUCUCGGAAUAAUGAAAUUUGGCGAGAAUACACUCUUUGUGUAACGGGAGAAGGUUUAACAUAUUUAAAAGAUAACGAACGAGAUCUACUUCGUAAAUUGUUACCACACAUCGUAAUUUUUGCAAGAUGUGAACCAAAACAAAAAGAAUUUAUAAUUGUCUCAUUGCAAAAUUUAGGAUACACAACGUUGAUGUGCGGAGACGGCACUAAUGAUGUUGGUGCUUUAAAACAUGCUCAAGUGGGUGUCGCCAUUUUAUCAAGCCAACCUGAAAGAGUAUCUGCUGAAAAACAAGAUAAUGUAAAGAACGAACACACCAUCUCAAAUUCAGCAGUAACAAAUGGUCCAAGAAACAAUCCGAGAGUUUCUGCUAAUACCAAGGCGAGAAUACAAAAGAUACUAAAAGAACUCGAAGAACAAUCUGUUAUAGUUAAGUUAGGAGAUGCUUCAAUUGCCGCACCUUUUACAAGCAAAAUGUCAUCAAUUCAAUGCAUAUGCCAUGUUAUUAAGCAAGGUCGAUGCACCCUGGUUACCACCUUGCAGAUGUUCAAAAUUUUAGCACUUAAUGCAUUAGGGCUUGCAUACAGCCAAUCUGUUCUUUAUUUAGGUGGAAUAAAAUUCAGUGAUACACAAGCUACCUUACAGGGUAUUCUACUGGCCACUUGCUUUUUAUUCAUAUCAAGAUCAAAGCCAUUGAAAACAUUGUCUAAACAGAGGCCUCUUCCGAACAUUUUUAACUUAUACACGAUUGCUACCGUACUCCUUCAAUUUGCAGUACAUUUUAUCUCUCUUGUCUAUAUGGUUAAGGAAGCUACUUUAUUAUCUCCAAAGAGUGAAAAAUUAGCAGCAAUACUAGCUCCAAGUAAUUCAUCUAAUGGAAGUACGGCUUUAAAUAUGAGCUUGACUGACGAAGAAGAAUUGUUUGAACCCAAUCUAUUAAACAGUACAGUUUAUAUUAUUGCCAUGGCGAUUCAAAUUACUACUUUUGCAAUUAAUUAUCGGGGUCAUCCAUACAUGGAGAGUUUGUUACAGAAUAAAUCUUUACUAUACAGCCUUAUAGGCAAUGCUACUGUUAUAUUGGCAUUAGCAUGUGGAUUUUUACCCAAUUUGGCAGCACAAUUUGAAAUUGUGGAUUUCCCAAGUGAUUUUCGAAGUCUUUUAGUUCAAGUUUUAAUAGCAGACUUUGUCCUCGCAUAUAUAGUUGAUAGAGCCUGUUUAUGGCUUUUUGGAGAAGGAAGACAUCAAAAGCUGUGAUUAGUACACAAUUUCUAUACUCAACUUUUAACUCCAAAAGUGCGAAAAAUUGAAUAUACAACGUUGUUUUCUUGUUUCACAAAAAACGAAUGUUAUCUUUGUUUAUUAAUAUCUUUAUAUUUCAUGAACUAUAUUACAAUUCAUAUGUGGAAUGUAAUGCUUUUAAAAAUCUGACCAAUAAUAAUUGAGAAGUCAUUACUUAAAAACACUCAUAUUGUUUAAGAAUUUGCAAAUAAUUCUUUGUGGAACAAGAAAAAUUGACGUAUAUAUACUUAUGUGCGUAUAUGAGUAUGUGGUAUGUAUGUUUUAAUGAAUGUAAUUAUUGCUAUACAAUGUGAAAUAGCAAAAAGAGCAUGCAAUGUGAGUGUGUAUAAAUGCUAAGUAAAUAAUACAUAAUGUCAUAAGUAUUACAUAUAUCAUUGUUUAAAAGCAAUGUAAGUGUACCUUCAGAACCUGAUUUAUGGAAAUUUAUAAAUGAGAUUCUUUUAUUGUACCACAAACGUAUAAAAAACUGAUUCUGAAUAGUGUAUAAAAAAAAUUACUGCAUA